AUGGAGAGUGAAACCACCAAUGAAGCAAGAAGCAUGUCGAAAGAUGAAAUAGAGAAGCUUCCUUGUUAUAACUAUGCAGCCAAAGACAGUGAAACUAGUACUGUGGAAUGUGCAGUGUGCUUGGAGAAUCAGAUUCCCGGGGAUAAGUGCAGAUUAUUGCCUGCAUGCAAGCACAGUUUUCAUGCCCACUGUUUGGAUCAAUGGCUUCUUCGGACACCCAUUUGUCCUAUUUGCAGGGCCAGUGUUGACUCUCAGAAGGAAUGCUUUGCUAUAGAUAUAAAUGAGAGUGGCCAUUUUGAGCCAAACAGGACACAGUUGAGAGAAAGCCCAGAAACUGGUUUUACAAUGCAGUCCACAGAGAAUUCAACGCCAGAAGGGUAG